GUGACUUGAAUAAAUAUUUUUCUUUGUCACCUUGAGACAUUGAUCUGUAUCGAGGUGUUCCAUAGUUCCAUGGAUGAUUUGGAGCUGUGUUUUGAAUCCAGGUUAGGGGCCAGCUCAACAGGCAUCGUUAUUUUUCACCCCCCUAGUUAUCCAUUGCCACUGCCAGAUCUGAAUGUAAAAAUAGCUGAUGAGUCUGUUUGUUUAAUCUGUCUGUUACUUGACACCAAAUGGUUGUUCCAGUGCGUACUGUUUGCUUCUUCUCCACCAAGAACUCUAUUUGGUUUCCCCCUUGUUUGCUGUCUAUUUAAGUAUAUUUUAGUAACUUUGUAUUUCUAGCUUGCUUCUUGUUUCAUCUGGCUUGGAAGAUCCGUGAGAAUUCAAAGUGACUGAGAUGCUGUGAAAUCCAGUAGCUUAUUGGGAUCCUGGGAAAGGGACAAAGAGCUGAUUUGCCCUUGAUUGGAAAUGUGGAAUCUGGAAGGACACAGUGAAAUGUGUUUGAAUUCUCUGCUUCUUUGCUCCUGGUCAUAAGGAAGUCGUGAAGAUCCUUGCAAAGGAAGAUAAGCCCCUCGUCUUGAAAUAGCCAUAUUCCAAUCAUGCGUGCCAGAAAUCUUGGAAAUUGAAACCUUCGACCAUGAACCAGAUGUACAGCAAUGAAACAAAAUAUAACUACUCCAAGAAGUUCUAAUUACACAGAAGGCCAGAGAAAAUCACAGGAAGAUAUGCUCCUGGGAUAUUCACAACCAUAACAGAGAUAAAAGAUCUCAUAUUGUGGUUGCAUCAGGUGAACUAAAUGAACACAUUUUAGAGGAAGAUUGUGUGAAAAAAAAAGCCACAUCAUUGAACAGAAAUCAACUUUACAGGAAAAAAUAUUUGAUUUUGUGGAUCACCUCUUCAUGCCUGUCCAGACAAUGCAAGGGAGUAAGAAGUACACAGAUGGACUCAGUGACUCUUCAAGCAUUGGGAGUGUCUUGGAUGAUGCAGAUAGAGAAGUCAGCAAUCUCACAGACCGAGCCUUUAGAAGUUUGUGCAUUUCAGAGGAUACAUCCUUCAAUGACUCUAAUCUUGUCAUUUCACCCGAUUUUGCCCAGCAGUUUUUUGGUAGCUUUCAACAGGGAACAGGCAGCCAUACCAUCAAGAAAAGCAACCUCUGCAAUAGGAUACAAGCUCAUGGAAAUGAGCAUGCAAGCUGGGCAUCUACAUUCCAACAGUUGCCCAAAUAUGUCCAAGGAGAGGAAAGAUCCCCCAAAAGCAACACACCGCCACCAGUCACCACACGGAGAAAACUGGAGAUUCCAAUUUCUGGUAUGAGAAGUAGUAAACCUGUCUCCAAAGUAUCUUCAUUAAUUAAAUCUUUUGAUAGGACAGAAAAUCUGGGCACUGACAGUAUGCCUCCCACCAGCAAACAGUCUGCUCUAAAAAACCCUCUAAAAUGUGUACCUCUGCCAGGAAGUGGUGUGAAUUUUUGCAUGGAUUCAGCUUUUUUAACUGUCAGGAAGGUACCUGCUGAAGUUUCCAACACAUAUCAAAAUACCAGUUGGCCUGGUGGCAGGCAAGGGACACCAAAUUUACCAAGUACUAAUGACUUAACACCUAGUGUUGAUGGUUUUCAAUCAGCCUCUGUGGAUGCUUCCAAGCCAUUUGAAUCAAAUAUCCAUCUUCCACCAACAAAGACAGCAAAGGGUAAGACUGGAAAACCUAAUGAACGGACAAGCAAAGGGAAUUUUCUUCAUAGUGAAAACAGUGCUUUUGAGUCAUGGAAUGCACAUCACAAGAAACUGCUUGAGAGGAAGGAAGCCAAUGAACUAAUGCCAGAAGUCAAACCUCCCUCAAAUUAUGAGGAAAACCCACCACCACUAAGAGAACUCCACCCAAGCAGACAUGAAACAUCACCUUGUCAUACCAGAGUGCCCAUGAAUCCAGAAGACAAAGCUCUGGUGGCAGGGACUCCAUCCACUUCUGUAUCCCAGGUGUCUAGCAUUCAAUCAGUUCCUGAAUCCCAAAGCUUUGCCAUGGAGGAGAAGGCUCCCAGUUCAGAGCUCAAGGCUCAAGUGGAAACUUCACGAGUCCCAUGGAGGAGAUCAAAAAUCAGCAAAGGAGGAAAAGAGAGAACACAUGAGCCUUCAAAUGAAAAGAAGACCAAUGGGACAGUCCCACCUUUGUAUAAAAGGCCAGAUCCUACAGGAGAGUUUCCUGAAAAUGAUGCAAUAGAAGAACAAGUAAACUCAAAUGAAUACUACGAUCCUCCUUUUAACAUCAGUAAGCUUUUGACACCUGUCAUACCAACAAAGCAUGUUCUAGACUCAUUAGAAAAUCAGUCAGAGUUGGCAACACUCCCUCCCCCAGAAAAAUCAGUGGGAUCAAAUGAGCAAGAAGGACUUCAUGAAUAUCAAUCUAGAGACAGUUAUAAGUCAAAAGUGCCCAGUUUGUUGUUCAAUCUCAAAGAUGUCCGAAAACGAGUCAAGAGUACCUACAGUGCCUCUCCUCUCCUAAAAAGCCAUGAUGAGAAAACAAAAGCUAGGGAUCAUAUCAAGCAAGAAAAUAUAAGCAAUGGCACUUUUAUGUCCAAUGGAGCUGAAGAAAUUCCCCCACACAUGUCAACCAAAGACAAAUUGAACCACCAACCCUACAUCAAUACCAAGGAGGACCACAAAGGAGAUAUUAAUGGAGACUUCACAGAUAAUUACCUAACUCUUAGCUCAUCUCAGACUAUAGAAGAACCCUCCUUCUAUGUCAAUGGGGAGACUUCAGAACAGAAUGAUUUCAAAAAUUAUGACCUAGAUAUCAAAGAUCCUAGGAAUGGUGAAAUGGACUCUCAGCAGUAUCACCACCAAGCAACUGAACACAAUUUAAGGAAAAGUCAGCCUCACCUCUCCUUGAAGCUUUGCAGUAGAGAUCUAGAGGAUGGAAAAGGUGAAGAGAAACUGAGUAUUCACCACCUUGAAAAUGGAUUACCAAGAUCUAUUUCCCAAGAGAACAACCAUGAGAGAGAUGUAGGAUCACAGAAUGCCAGUUUCAGUCAGAAAAUCUCACCAGGUCCACUUUCCCCAGAGGAAGAAGAUGUGUUCUAUAGUGACACCCAGUCUGAUUUCAUGCCAAACCUCAAAAGCAAGGCCAAAAUAAGCACUAGUUCUUCAGACCAAUCUUUUGCCUCAUUUGAGGAUCAGCAGAAAACAUGGUUUACAGAAUGCCAAAGGGAAGAUAGAAAGAGUAGUGUGAGCCUAGAGGAAAGUCAGAAAGUUGAGAAGAAAGAAAAGGGUCUAAGAAAAGAUGAUUUGCAAUACUACGCUUUAAGCAAUGGCUUUGCUAGUGUUGAAGACAGUAACAAGGAGGAAAUGUUUCAGAGAGAAGGUGAAAGCAUGUCCAGAGAUAGAGUGAUGAUUGAGUCAAAGGAAGAAGCCAAUUGCAGAGAUGUUUGGUUAGGAGAAAAUAAGAAUACUUCUUUUCCUGAUAGCAAAGAUCCUCCAUUAUCACCUUCCCCAAAUUCAAACAAGCACAUUCUGUUUACAAUCAAAGACAAUACCUUCAAAUCCUCUCCAGUGAUCAAGCCCAUCAUACUGCCCCUACUGAGGACUUCAUCCUCAGAAAAUACUCACAGUAAUAGCCAGAGAGAAGUAGAGAGUCGAUUGGCAGAACUUGGAGAGAACACUCACCUCUACCAGCUGGAAUCCCAAGAUAUACCAGAUGCUCAAAAAACUGGCCAGCUCUCAACAUCAAGCAGUCAACCUGGUGUCUGCAAUCAAAUCUACAGGAGCAUGAGUGAUAGUGGACAGGUUUUUGGAUCAGUAAAGAUGGAAAAUGUCCAGCCGACAUCAGAAGCCACUCUUCCGGAAGAUGACAGCAACCCCCCAUUCUUCCCAUAUAUGAAAGAUAGUGAUGGUGUCAGACACACUCAAAAGUUAUUAAAUAAAGUUGUGGGAAAUGAUCUUGAAAAUGAUUACAAGAAUAAAGAGGAACCUAUCACCUUAAGAGUCAAACCUACCAUCAUUUUGCCAAAUGAAGAUUCUGGGAAUCAACCACCAGCAAGCCAAGUAAGAGGAGCCCGUUCAGAAGAGAAAAUUCAAUAUUCUAGAAACCUCUUAUUGUCCACUCCCAGGGAAGGAUCUUUGGUGAAAAAUAGAGCCCCUGCUGAGAUGAUGAACUCACCUAUAGCCAGCUCCAUAGUAGAUAGCAACGUUUAUUCCCCUGCAGCCAGCACCACAUUGGAUGAUGCACAACAAGGUCCUCUAGACUCAGGUAUAUCGCAGGGAGAUUGGCCAAACUCAGCCCUAGCAACCCCCUUGCCCAGCACAUGUUCCAGCAUAACCCGCCUAGGAUCAGAGAGAAAGGCUGGUGUCAAAACAGCAAGGGAAGAUAUUACACAUGCUGUGGUACCAAGUACAGGGGGUAACCCCCAAUUUGAUUCAUCUGCUGAAGAAACCAUGGCUUUGUUUACACGGGACGCGUUGUUGGAGGAGACUAGCAGCUGGGCAGCUCCCUAUGAGAGACCACAGUCCACCGUUCACAUGGAAAAGUCAAUGAGCAAACCACCAGCUGUCCCACCAAAAACUGAAAAAGCCCUAAGACGCGCAAAGAAAUUGGCAAACAAAAGGAAAAAGAUGGACCUGCAGCAAGAGAAAUUGUCUGAAAUCCAAGAGGAAAGCCCUCAGAUGGAAGGUGCAGAUGUGAUUUGGAAAAGGCCUUUGUCCCCUGCAGAGACUUCACAGUCCAACUUCCCCAGAAUCCGUUCCCUUCCACCUCCUGUUCACCGGCACUCGGUGGCUACACUCUCUGAGUCCAUUAGGAGGAGGCCUAGUGGUGCUCAGUCAGUAAUCCCUAUGUCCACCUACCCUGCCACCCAGAAGAAAGUCCUCCAGGAUCCUCAGUCUGGAGAGUACUUUGUGUUUGACCUACCCCUCCAGGUGCAAAUCAAGACAUUCUAUGACCCAGAGACCGGCAAGUAUGUCAAAGUAUCCAUCCCUUCCUCUGAAAUGGGCUCCCUUGAAAUCCCCUCUUCAGAAAUUUUAAAUUCUCCUUACUUGGUGUAUCCUGGACUCCACCCCCUACCAGUGACUUCUUUAACACCUCUGAGGUCCUCCUCACAGCUCUCAGCACCCACUUUUCUAAGGCAGGAGCCUCAAGCCAGGGAAUCAGAGGCCCACCGGCUCCAGAACUUCAGAGAUGCCAAACACCCACGUCCUCAGUCGUAUGCUGAGCCUGUACAUAAUUCUGCAAAUCAUCACACAGAAGAAGUUCCACAGAGCUUAGAAAAGGACCGGAGCGAAGCUCAAAAUUUGGACAUCAUUUCCAUCGAUGAUUUAGAGGACUUUGCUUCAGAAGGGAUCUCUUGAAAAUUAAAGUUACUAGCAAGCCUCUCCACUUUCAUCACCCUCCCCCCAAAAAAAUAAAACACACCCCUCUCCCAGAAUAAUUUUACAUAUAUUCAGGUAUCUCCUUGAACAUCCUUAUUUGAAUAUGGCACCUAUUGCAAAAUUUAACACUGGGUUGUUUUUUAAGAACAACUCAAUUGAAGGAGUUGGUUUACACUCCCAGCUCUCAAAAAAUCUAACUCUGGGUGAAUGCAAAACGGCCAGUCUGUGAGAAGGGUAGUGAUUGCAUGAAACAACCCCACCACCACCAUCUCUCCUCUCUUUCCCUUCUCCUCUCCCACCCACCCUACUUCCCUGCUGCCACCCCCACUGCUGCUACUGCUGCUAAUGCCACCAAAAAGAGAGGAUUCAUCCCCAAGAAAUCCUCUCAUUCAGGGUUGAAGUCAUCAAGGGGGAAAUCUGAUGCUCCACUUGAAGAAUGUCUGUUUAGAUAUCCUCCCCCAUUCUCUUCCCUUGCUAAAAGGGAGGCAACUUCCAACUCUGCCCAGGGAUGUUGCAUGGACACUCCCAAGUGGGUUUGGUUGAGAGUAUUCCUUAAACUUCAAUCGGUCAGAUAUUGAUCAUGCUCCCCCCCCCAAAAAAAGACAAAAACAAAAAUGAAACUUUGUGAUUACUCUGCUGUGGUUUAUAAUACAAAAAAUAGUAAAUAAAUCCUAUAUCUUGUUUGCAACCCAGCAGCAUCAAUUUCAUGUAGAUAAAGAGUUCCCUAUAGGUUCCCAGAUCACUUCCACUGUCCUGAGCAUCUUGGGCUGAAUUCCAUGUAGCUGGAAAACUCUUGACUGAAGACCCAAACUGGAAGACAGUUUAAACAUUUAUUUGGGUAAAAAGAGGUAUUGUUUAUAUAAUGAAGCAUUCUUCUACAGGUCAUCCUCUGAGUUUAAAAAAAUAGCUUUUUUUAAAUGGGGCAAAAAAAAGUUGGUAGAUGUUACUCUUAUCUUUGGCCUUCUUGUCAUUUAUUGAGAAAAAUGAUGAAAUGAAGCAGCCAGCCAAGGCUGCUGCUGCUGCUGUUUCAGGGCCAUGGACGACUUGUUUUUCUAAUACCCAUAGUCACUUGACAACAACUCCCACUGGCCCUUGGCUCAUGAUAUGAGUCUACCAUGUAAAUAUGGCCCCAUGAAAACCUCAUGUGGCCAUACAAAUAGAAUUCCAUGCUGUGCAUGGUACAAUGAUCAUUGAGCGGUUCAGCUUUGAAACAUCUCAGGUCCGCCUCCUAGAACUGGUCUGUUCAUUUAUUUCCCAAGCUUUGAUUGAGGUCAGAACCAAUUGGACUCCCUUAACAAAGCAGAACUGCUUUAUUGAGACACCUGCUGUUGGUUGUACAGUGAUUUCCCAACACACUUCCCUAUUUUGCAUGAGUAAACUGGAUCCCUCAGAUUUAGUAGUAAAUAUCUGAAUCAAACGAGAGAGAGAGAGAGAGAGAGAGAGAGAGAGAGAGAGAGAGAGAGAGAGAUUGUGACUCAGACACCUAUAUCUUUAAGGGCAGUUAGGCUUUGUGGAUAAAUUUAUACAUGCAUAAAAAAAAACACUAUGGACAUGAAGAAUCUUAGCAUGGCUUUCCUUUCUUCCAAGCACUGAAAUGUGGAUUAAACAAAUGAACAAAUUA